UUGUGGGUUUUUAUUUAAUUUGUUAGGACAUAGUUUCGUUGAUGCGUCAGUUCUUUAAAGUUUUGUUUUCGUUAAGGAUGUAAAUUCGUGGGGGGAGGACUACCAACGAAUACCACGAAAAUUGAGCAACUACGAAUUUGAAUGAUUCCAUUUUUUCGGUAUAACAUUAUUUCUCUAUUAAUAUCUAUUAGAUAUUCAAUUAGUAAACGCCAUUUAUUGACGAGUCUACAAUUGUUUUUACAUGAAUGUAUAUGAAUUGGUAUGGGAAAUGUUUGCUUUCAUACAGUAUCUAUAUCAUUUAAGAAAAUGUAAGACUCACUGUUAAUCCAUUUCAAGGCCAGUGCAAUGACGAAACUUGUUCAAUCAUUGUUUUACUAUGUAUUACUUCAUUAAGUUGGAUGUAAAGUUUAAAGCAAUUGAUAGUUUUGAAACCAUAAUUUAAUAAAAAAAAAACCUAUUGUAAUGAAUAUCUUUGUGCUCUUUUAUUGUUACAAUCGCUUUUGAACCCACACAAUGCAGUAUUAGACGAAAUAGAUAAUUCUGAAUCAUGCGAUGCAAUGGAAAACAUGACAGUUUUUAUGACUCGAAGGUCUCCGGUGUUUUAAUGCUACAGACGUUGUUGACAUUCAGUUACGUAAUUUGUAAGAGGAGAAGAUUGACAUUUUAUCUGAAAUGAUUUUUCAAAUUGAUUUUCAAAAUUUUGUUAGCAUAAAUCAAUUGUAAGUAUACCCUUGAAACCUAUCAGUUAUUUUUGAUAGAAAUUUCAAAUAUAUCAUGUGAACUUUGAUCCUGAAUAAAAGUAUAAUUCAUAUAACUAUAAAUUAUUUGAAUACAACCUUUUGUCUAAGACCUAGCAAUGAGUCUGAUUGACUAUGACUUAGACAUACAUGUAAUAACCACAAAUUCGCUGCGAAUACAAUAAAAAUCGUUCUAAUCAAAGCCAAUAAACAAAACGAGAGAUACAAGAAUAUGAAACAGAUCAUAAAGUAGUUUAUGGAGUGUUAAUUACAGAAUCAGCUCGAUAAAGUCCUUUUCAUCCGUCAGGUGACUUAAAACAAGCUAGAUAUAUAUUCAUUCGUUUUCUGGAAAUACGUCUUGAUUGACUGCAGUGGUUAAGGUUGAGAACGAAUAUGGUGGUCCUUUUGCAUUGGUGCAUCUGUAUUGUAUUUGCAACUUCUUUAGUAAGCAGUCGAAGCGUAGAAUUUUUGGGGAACAUCACCAUUGACUCGGUGUCCUCCCAGCCAGAAGUAUACAACACCAGUUUCAGGGAUGUGAUUUCAGUCAAAAUCAGUCAGGAGGCUGUCAUCACCUACAGUUUCCUCGCCAACGCAACAGUCAUUGAUGGCUCACCUUUUAAUCACAGCAUGUCUCUGACAAUUUCAGCAGGGAGCCAUUUACUAAUUAAAGAGGACUGUAAAAUCUAUUACAUUUCGCCCAUUUCAGAAGAGGAGAAACUUGAUUGCAUCAAAUAUAAUGAUUCCGUACUGCUCGUGGAUCUUCAAAGAUUUGGGAACCUGAGUCAUUUCAUUAUAUAUGGAAAAUAUAACGUCGUUACAAAUAAUAGCGUACCCGGACCAGUUCGAUCAUUUUUGAGCUUAAAACCAUUGGGAGAAGCAACAAAAGAAAUGAAAGGUUUAUCUAUUUUUUCUGAGGUAGCGUUACAAACCUGGCCAGGGUUUAGCAUUUCAUCUCCGGUGCCCGAUAUAUUACAUUUGAAGAACACUACCACAGUUGCGGUGAACGUCACCGACCUAUCGGGGAGUCUAGCUGACUCUUAUCUGAAAAUGUAUAUGCCGACUACAUGUGAGAAUUGUAAAGAGUUUGAAGCUCAGAUGUCAGCUGUUCGUGUUGAUCUGGAACAUCCGUCAGAUAUUUCUGGAAAAGCAAUCUACUUAAGCGAAACCAGAACGACCGAAAACGAUGCUGCUAUUUACUUGUUUGACGAAGCCAACGAAGAAGACAGUUCAAAAUCUCUACAGUUCAAUGCAAUCUCAAAACUUCAGGACUAUAGGUCUUUUCGGAGCGGUGAUAUCCUCGAGCAAGUUUACGGAUUGAAGUUUAAAGAUGAAUUUAUUUGGAUCGGGAAAACAAAUAUGACCGUCUUUGACGAUCAGAACCAAAACAUUCCAUUUCUUGAGAUGUCCAUGUUUGAGUAUUCAAACUAUGAGAAAUUUGGAGAAGUUUCCAAAAAGAUCUGUAUAUAUCUGGACCACAGUUCGAAUUCUACAGGAAGUGCUUAUGAUAUCAGGGCAAUUUUAUACUUCCCUCCAGAUGUUGGUUUCGUUAAAUAUUCACAAUACCUUCAAAACAUUAUCAAAACGCCAGAAAAAUCCAUUGAUAUUGACGGAAAGACUGUGAAGUUUAAUAUUCCAAGAAUGGCGUUCGUUCACUGGAGUAGAAUCUACUUCAAUGUAACGUAUACCAUUAACGGGUCGAGACAAGAUGGCCAGCGGUUCAGGAGUAUUCUGUAUGAAGUGGUGUACAAGGGUUGGAAUGACACGGACGACAGAAGUUCUGAGUUACGAGCCCUAACUAUUGUAAAUGGAGAACCAACAAAAGGUACAGAGGAAACUCGGUACUGUCCCUGUCCAUGGAACAAAAAACAGAAGUGUGCUUGCUGCAAACCAGGCUGGUGUCUUUGUUCUGUAUCAAAGAACACAGAUAUGUGUGGGCCGUGUAAAAGUCCCUGUGUGUGUUAUUCGGAGAUCCCUGGGUACAGACGUCCUUCAACACUCUCUUAUGGUGGUACAGCCAUUAGCUGUGGAGAAAUUGAGCCAUUACAGAGUUAUCUGAAAUAUCGAGCCAUAUCGUGCCAGAUUACCCAAAAAGGAAAGAGAGCAAUGGACUUACCUCCCUUGGUAUCGACCAUACUAGGAGUGGACACCAAAACCAACUACCUGUACGGAGUUGGUAACAAUGGCAAGGGCUACGUACAAAGUGAAGACGAGGGUCAGACCUGGUCGUCAGUACCUCCAAACGUGUUUGAAAAAGCUCAGAGGAGUAGCAGUUUCAAAAAAGCUUUGUUGAAAUGACACUUGUGCAAUUUGUUUUUCUUACUGUGUAAUUUUUGAAAAAAACUCAUACCCUUUUUAAAAGUGCAAACCGUACCGAAUCAAAGAAAGAUACUUCAUAGAGACUUGUUUUGCACUUAAUAUAAUAUAGCACUAAUAGUCUCGUAAGUAAAAUGCUUUAAUUUAAUGUUGAUAAAAAUCACGUGGUAUAACCAUCAUGUCAUCAUACGUUUUAUGGCGAUUAAUUGUCGGUUAUCGAUGAUCUUUAAUAUGGGCAAAUGUAUAUCAAUGUUCCUAAAUAAAGAUACAUGUAUAUUUCUUUUUUUAAGUUUAAAAAAGGAAAAAUCAUCACGUGUACAUAUUAAUUUUUUUAUUAAAGAUUUAUAUACAAAAUGCACACAAAUAUAUAAGUACAAUGUAGUGUUUUGUACAUAUGAUAAAGUAGCACUAUUUGAAUUACAUUUGCAAACAACACCUGCUAUUUUUAGCAUCAACAAUCAACAAUCCUUUCCUAUAUGCAUGUAGCUUAUCUUAUCACCUUAUCUUAAGCUACACGAAAGUAUAAGCUAUAUACACGGUUAAAAUUCUUUUAAGACGUCAUCUUUAAAAAAAAAGCAUUAAACUUGACACUUUAUCACGUUUAUGCUUUUAAAAUAUCAAAUGUAAUACAACUAAAUUUGAAUAGAGAUAGAGUUUAUGAAAUUGUAAUGAUUCACUCAAACAUGUCGAUACAGUCUCUAUAGAAUGAAUUUUUUUUUAAAUAUGAUUCGUAAGUACAUAUAUCAAUAAUCCGAUUUGAAUCCUAAUAAAUCAAGUCUUUGAAUGACA